AUGGGUGCCAAAUCUAACGGACGGCCGGCCGAGGCAGGACACAAAGCCAACGGCAAAACUAUCAAUGGCAAAGCUGCCAACGGCAAAGCCAUCAACGGCGAUGCGUUGAAUGGAAAGGCGAUAUCUCCAAAGUUGACACCAUCGAGGACGACGAAAAAGGCUGGCGGAUACGGUGUCUUCAGCAUAGUAUCUAGAUUAUUAACCUGGUAUUCGAUUAUUACUAUCCUCUUCCGAUGUCCUUCAACAAUAGAUCAACUUACGGAUACAUCUCCAAAGAUAUGCAAGCCAUAUUUCCAGAUAAGAACCACUGUUACUCCAUAUCUCGAACCAUACUAUAACUCGUACGCGGCACGAUACGUCGAGAUCGCCCGGCCAUAUUACACUACUGCAGACAACAAGAUUAUCACACCUGCGAUCAAUCUUGGGAAGAAGUAUGGUUCUCCACGUGUUGCGCAAGCACAGGCAUUUGGCCAGACACAAUGGGAGAAGAACAUUCAACCGCAGGUCUCAAAAUACCAGGGGAUUGCUAAGGGCAAAUAUGAACAGACCCUGGGGCCACAUGUCAACACGGCCUACGAAGCAACGGCUCCUUACUAUGAAAUCGUCAAGACCAAUGCUCUCCAAACAUACUACGGGAAUAUCCUCCCAACAUACACUGCUAUCCAACCAUACGCCCGGGACGGAUAUCUCCGUGCUAGUGAUUUCACAGUCAACACCGCGUUCCCAUACACGAAGUGGGCUUGGACUACUGGCUACGUUUUCCUUGAGCGUACUAUUUGGCCUCAAAUCAGAAUCUUGUACGGCGAGAAUGUUGAGCCACAAUUAGUGAGAAUUGGCGAGCGUCUGGGAAGAUACAGAGAUGGCAGAAAGCUCAAAGCCGCGGUUGAGGAGGCAGGCAGUACAACUUCAGUUGCAGCCACUACUCAAGCAACAUCAACUUCCACUGCCUCAACAGAAUCUGUUCAAUCGACUCCUUCCCCAUCAUCUGUCGUCGAAGAAACCACAAGUACAUCGAGCUCAACGGCCGUCCAGAGUACCCCGUCAUCAGAAGCAGAGAUUCGGGCAAAGGCACAAGAAAUUGUUGCUAAUGACCUUAAAACCUGGCAACAGAAGUUUGCUAAAGCAGCAGAUGAAGGAUCAGACGAGUUAGAGCAGCGGAUGACUGAGGUCACCGAGAAGCUAGUUCAAGGGCAAGCUCAGGGAGUUGGAAAAGCCCUCACUAUACAGCUGGAAGAAACAGUUAAGUCGUCAUUGAAGAAUCUGAAGAGCAACGUCAUUUCGAUUAUCAAAAACAAUGAGGAUAUUGAGGAAUCAGAGGAAGAGAUCAGCACCGCUGUCCGCAAAGCUGGAAUCGCAAUCAAGGAUAGGGCACAAGCCGUACGAACUUGGAGAAAGAACUUUGACGAUGAGACGAAUUCGCUUGUCAGUCAAGCUGCAUCAGAUACAUUUGAAAUUUUGGAUUACAUCAGAGACAUGGGUCUACAAGAAAUAGGAAUGCGAUGGGCCUGGACCGAUGGCAUCACUCACAAAGAUUGGACAAAAUACCACAAGUUGAAAGGCAAUUUUGAUCACUGGCGUGGUGAUGUGGAAAGGGUUGUCACUGAGCACUCUGGUAUCCGAUACGCUCGGUCAGCUUCUCAAGAGGUCGAGACGAAAGCAAUGGAUAUUGCCGAGGAAGCUGCCAAGGAACUCGCCAGCCUCAAGGAGACUGCGCGCUGGAAGCUGUCUGCCGGCGAUACCAGCGACGAUUGGAGUCAUAAAUAUAUGCCAGCAGCAGCUGUGAAGGCUGGCCAGAACAUCAAACAGAAGAUCUCGGAAGCCCAAGAGGCUGUAGCACCAUCUAAGCAGGGUACCGUCGAGUCGAUUGUGUCCAAAGCCACAGCAUCUGCUGCGCAUGCCGCGUCUUCGGCUUCUUCUAUUGCAGCAUCAGUCUCAGGAAGCAUUGUUGGGACUCAAGGUACCGUUGAGAGUGUAAUUUCAGCCGCCAGCGCCGUUGUUGGUACUCAGCAAGGGACCGUCGAGAGUGUUAUUUCGGCUGCUAGCUCAAGCGCUAGCAGUCUCGCGAAUGAUGCUUCUAGCGCUAUCAUUGGAACUCAGCAGGGGACUGUAGAGAGUAUAGUGUCUAUUGCUACAGAGAGCGCGAGCAGCCUCUCUGCAAAAGCUUCUGCUUCAAUUGUUGGGGAGGAGCCUGGAAUGGCCGAAAAGGCAACAGCUGGAAUAAAGUCAGCAGCCUCUGCAGUUUCCAGCUCGGCCUCUAGUCUUUCAGACGCUGCAAGCUCUUCAAUCUCCGCUGGUGGUAGCCGGGUUUCGGACGGCGCCUCUAAAGCUUCAAGCUCCCUCAGCUCUGCAACAUCAUCCAUCGCCAGCUCUCUUUCCAAGAGUGUCACAGAUGCAUCAAGUUCUGCAAGCUCGGUAGCAUCUUCGGUCUCCGGUACUGCAUCAAAGAAAGUUUGGGGCGGUGCGAUGGCACAACACGUUGAGGCUCGAGAAAUCGUCUUUGAGGAUGUUAUUGAUGAUUCUGACGAAGACACCUUUAGCGAAAAGGUUCAAAGCAUGGCAAGUGAAGCUGGUGACAAGUAUGCUGAUAUCACAAGAGCCGUCAGCGAGGCGCUUUUGAAACCAUCAACAACUGCAGGAUACCAAGUCACUGAACUGGCCGCACAGAAAUACUCUAGUGCUUUAGCUGCAGCCAGUACUGCUUUGUAUGGUGCGGAGAAGGGAACAGGAGAGGUUGUGGCCAGUGCUGCCGCAAGUCGAUAUGCUGACGCCGUUUCUGCUGCCAGCGCAAUUAUUUACGGCACACCAACACCGGUUACUCAGUCUAUUGCUGCAGGAGCUAGUGACGCUUAUAGCAAUGCUUUAUCCAGAGCUUCUGCUCAAUAUUCUCAAGCACGCUUGGUCGUGUCUGCUCAGAUCUCUGGAGAGCCAAAACCUGUCCACGAACAGAUGUUCAGCUCUGUUGAAGCUGCAUACUCGGAUUCCGUUGCUGCAGCAAGUUCAAGAUUGCAAGCGGCUGGUUCGUCUGUAUCUAGCGCAAUCUACGGUGCUCCUCCCGGAGCACUAGAAUCUGCAAGCGCUUUGGCUCAAUCUCGUCUCUCAGAAGGGCUCAAUGCAGCUUCAUCUAGGUACAAGGAGGCCAAAGAAUAUGUCGCUGCAAUUACCACUGGCGAUUUGGAGAAGCAGAAGUUACUAGCACAAAUGCAAGAGCAGUACUAUGCAGGAAUUGGUAUGGCUCACGCCCGCUAUACUGAAUUCAUUUCAGCAGCUUCGUCUGCAGUUAUGCCUACAUCGACAGCGACCUACGCCUACGAGGCACCUCUGAGUACCGCUCAAUCAUAUUACUCAAAUGCUGUGGCCGAAGCCUCUGGACAGUUGGGCUCACUCUUAGCCUCCAUUUCAUCUCUUGGUGGUGGUGCGAAUAAGGACGUUGUUCCAACCGCUAGUCUAGCCGCAAUGGCUUCGUCGAGAUACAGCGCUGCGAUGGCCGCUGCAUCAAGCUCUUAUUCCAGUGUAUCGUCUGUUCUCGCAGCAAACGUCCAAGGGGGAGCUUCUCAAGUCUCGGGCGCUGUCUACGGCAGUGAAACUCCAAUCACAGAAUCUCUCGCAUCUCAGGUAUCCAGUGCUGUCUAUGGCAGUGAAACUCCACUUACUGAAUCAAUUGCUUCCAAAGCCAGCGAGAAUUGGGAGGCUCUUAUCACCAAGGCCAGUGAGCAGAUUUAUGGAGCACCAACUCCGUACUUCGUCAGUAGACGUCUUUUAUCAGAAGCCAAGGAGUACGGAGCUCAGGCCACUGAGGCCGCUGCGUCCCAGUACUUUGUCGUCCAGUCAAUCAUCAGUGAAUUGGUUGUGGGUAAAGAACCUGCUUUCACUGAGAGUGUGUAUGGCAGAUUGAGCUCAGCUUAUUAUACCGGCGCUGGAGCCGCCGUCUCAUCUGCAUCUUCAUAUGCAUCUGAAGCAUAUGAAUCAGCAAGUUCAGUAGUCACUUCCGUCUUUACACCACCUCCAACCAUCGAAGCCAUCUUAGAUACUGCCUCUUCCCGUGUCAACGACGUCGUCGAGGCAGCUAGCGUUCAAUUCUACGGCUCUCAGAAGGGUACGCUUGAACAAGCAUCAUCUGCAGCUGCCUCUGCAUAUAGUUCCGUGCAAAGUGUCGCGUCCGAAAAGGUCUACGGUACUACUGUCGGAUACGCCGAAGCAGCCUCAAGCUCUAUUGCAGACGCCGCUUCAUCUGCGCAAAAGGCCAUCUCGGAAGCCAUCUAUGGUACAGCUACGGGAUCAUUCGAAGGCGCUACCAAAGUUGCCGCAGAUGCCUAUGCUACUGCCCAAGCAAAGGUCAGUGAAGCUAUCUAUGGGCCAGAGAAAGGUGCUGUGGAAAGCGCUCAAGCGAGACUAUUGUCAGCUGUAGAGUCAGCUCGUGCUCAACUUGCUUCAUUUGCCGCCUCUGCGGGAGAGGGUGCAAGUGAUAUCGUUAAACAAGCCAGCGCAGGGGUCGAGGAUUUCGCAAGCAGUGUGAGCAGUGCCGUUGGUUCUGCUACCUCGGCAGUUAAGGAUGAAUUGUGA